CAUACUCGCUACAAACCUAUAUCUUCGCAGGUGCAAUAUUCAACUGUCUAUCUUCUGCCAUGCCGAGAUUAAAAAUAUAAAUUCUUCGCCAUGUCGUCCCACUACACGACCGAACCUCCUCCUACUGCGACCGUCCUCCUCCACACUACCGCAGGCCCAUUGACAAUCUCUCUCUUCGCUACGCAAACACCAUUAACAUGUCGGAAUUUUCUACAACAUGUUCUCGAUGAAGACUACUCAGGAAAUCUGUUCCACCGAGUCGCGCCGGGGUUCGUGAUACAGACAGGCGACCCAACGGGCACAGGUGAGGGCGGAACGAAUAUAUACGAAGAUCGAGAAUUUGAAAACUAUGACGACGACUGGGCUAGGGUUAUGGGCCGUGAGAAGGGAGAGAAGAUCCGGUUCGGUGAUGAGAUUCACUCGAGAUUGAAGUUCAACCGACGAGGCCUGGUGGGUAUGGCUAAAGGUUCUGGGGAUGGUAGUGCAUCCGGGUAUGGAAGUCAGUUCUUCAUCACGCUGGCAGACUGCCGUGCUGAACUGGAUGGGAAAUGCACCAUGUUCGGCCGAGUCGAGGGUGAAGGUAUUUACAAUGUGGUCAAGGUCGCUGAGGGAGAAUUGGUCGAGGGGACCGAACGACCUCUCUAUCCCGAGAAGAUCCUCCGCGCGGAGAUAAUCGAGAUGCCCAAAGGUGAGGCCUGGCAAAAGAUGCGCAAGAGAGAAAAGAUCGAAAAGCGAGUGGUCGAGACGUCGAUUAAGAAGAAGGCUGUCAAGAAGAAGGCCGGCAAGGCUUUGUUGAGCUUUGGUGGAGACGACGAAGGCGACGACGGGCCCGGAGUCGCUGUCCGUCCAAAGAAAGCAAAGUUCAAUCCCAACCUGAUCGAGGGUGGAGGGGCUGAGGAAGACCGUCCAUCAAAGACCAACGGCAAGUCGCAAACUAAGGAGCCUGCCCCUAUAGAAAGGAAAAAGGCACCGCCCGCUCCACCAGUAGCCUCGACAUUACCGCAGAAACGAAAAGCCAGCCCAGAACCAACCAACAAAUCAUCCUCCGCAUCUCCCAUCCACCAUCGCAAGCCAUCUUUCCACGAUCCAACAACUCAACUACCACUCCGCAACCCAGAGUCACCGUCCCGCUCACCGACUCCGGUCGAAGACCGAAAAUCAGGGGCGAGAGCGUCAGCUUUGCAAGCCGAAAUCGAGGCGUUAAAAGCCUCGAUGCGUCGGAAUGUCACCACGACUAAGGACGAAAGCAAGCACAAAAAGUCGGCUUUGGAGUCCUUAAUACCAGCGACAAGCACACGAGGUCGAAAGCGGCCCCGGCCUGGGGAUUCCAACAAUAAAGAGGACACAAGUGCAUUGAAGAUGCUCAAAGCAUUCAAGGCUCGCCUAGAUGCUGCCGACCAAAGCCAACACAGCACAACCGUAUCAAAUUACGUGGCCCGCUCGAAAUCUACUGGUCAGAAACAGAAUCCUGCGGUUAGCAAGGCUGCCGAUGCCAAUGGCAAGAGUAGUUCGUCUACAGAUUCAUCUCUGCCAACUAAGUCGGGUGCCGCCAUAGAGGAAGAGCCGAAACCUGACAUGGACGACACGGAAGAAGCUACCCUGUGCGAUCUGCACUUCAUUGCAAACUGCCAGUCAUGCUCGUCCUGGGAUAAAGAGGCCAACUCAGGUCGAGCCCAAGACGGUGCGGACGGACUGCCUGGCAGCGAUGAUGAUUAUGAAGGAACACAGUGGAUGAGCCACUCGUUAUCAUUUGCCAAAGACCGCCUCGGCAAGGAUCUGACUUGGAAGAAAAAGAACGAAGAGGAACUCGUGGUGAUUGACCCGAGGGAGAAGGAAAGAAACCUUAAACACGCGAAACGGAAAGAUCGAGAUCGGGAACGAGAGAAGGAUAAAGAAAGAGGAAGACAGAACGGGUCGUCCAAAGGGAAAGGAAGGGCCAUGGAAGGUCGUUGGUGAGAGUGAGAAAAAGCGGACAUUGCAUAUGGCGAUUAAUAACAUGUCUUAAUGUCAUGCAUGAAUCAUGGAUGAUGAAUUAAAAUGCACAGACCCUACUCAAG